UCGAGAGAUAACACAAAAUUCCACAUCGUCAGUAUCCAGCGAGAUAUUAGACUGGAAAGGCAAUCAGAGCCGUCCAUUUUUAUUAUAAAUUAUUAUAUCUGAAUAUAUGUAUAUAUGUAUUUUUAAAAAUUUUAAGGUCGAAGGUGAAUAUAUGAUCGAUCUCUAUUUUAUUUAUAUCAACGAGAAGAAAUUAAUUCAAAAUGACUAAAAGUCAGUCAUUGGAUUUUGGGGGCCAUUUUGAGCAUGGCGGGCUAGAAAUGGUCUAAUAAUAAAUUUCUAGCCGUUCCUGGAUGCCCGCGGAUACUUAGGGUGGAGAACAUCUGAUCUUUUUUUCCACGAGCUGAACUGAGAAAAAGUUGAGGAGCGCGCUCUGAUACAAUUUUUAAUCGAUCUUGACCUUCCCCAACCAACCAACCAAUCCGAAAACGAAACGAUUUUCUUGAUUUUCUACGUUAGUCAGGUCAGGCGCGAACGCGGGCUGGUGACCCUGAUUCAGUGAUUCGAGACCACGUGCAAAUUUAAUGGUUUAGCUGCUACAAUACGAUUCUUUGAUGACAAGUUCAAGAUCUUUGGCUGUGCCAGUUUUGGCAGCGGUGGGGACAAUAGUUAUAAUAGGAAUAGGAGUAAAGCUCUACCUCUCAUUCGUACCUGGUAAAAAUAAGAAGAAAAUACUUUUGGAAGACCCGGUAGUCAAGUACACUCUUCCUCUGAUAAAAAAGGACAUUAUCAGCCAUGAUACGAGGCGAUUUCGAUUUGGCCUUCCAACCCCAGAACACGUUCUGGGCCUUCCUAUCGGCCAGCAUGUGCAUUUAACUGCGAAAAUCAACGAUGAAGUUGUCAUUCGGGCUUACACUCCAGUAUCUAGUGAUGACGAUAAAGGAUAUGUUGAUUUAGUUGUUAAAGUUUACUUCAAGAAUGUCCAUCCAAAGUUCCCAAAUGGGGGUAAACUGUCACAGCAUUUAGAUAAUUUGGCUAUUUCAGACACGAUCGAUUUUAGAGGACCUUCCGGUCGUCUUAUUUACCAAGGACAGGGUAAAUUUGCAAUUAAACUGCUAAGGAAGGAUCCACCUGUAGUGUACGAAGUUAAAAAGGUCGUGAUGCUGGCCGGAGGAACAGGAAUAACGCCCAUGUUGCAGUUGGUUCGGGCAAUGAUAAAGGACUCUAAGGAUGAAACGCAAGCUUCUCUUCUUUUCGCGAACCAAACUGAAAAAGACAUCCUUCUGAGAGAGGAACUAGAGGAAAUAGCAAAGAAGCAUCCGGAUAGGUUCAAGCUCUGGUUCACCCUCGACACUAGCAGUGAGGGUUGGGCUUAUAGCACAGGCCAUAUUAGCGCAGACAUGAUUUCCGAACACAUGUUCCCACCUUCUCCAGACACGAUCGUCUUGAUGUGCGGCCCACCGCCAAUGAUCAAUUAUGCUUGCACGCCCAACCUCGAUAAACUCGGAUACGAUCCUAAACUGCGCUUCGCGUACUGAACGUUCGUCCUGAAGUUAUCGGCAUCUUCUGUGUAGAUUCUGACCCUUUGAAACCAAACCCGAUACGCUUUGUAGGAUAAUCUGUGACGGAUGAAGCAUUUAUUGUAUUUUACGAAUGAUGUUUCGAGCUUGCGAAAACAUUUUCGAAUCGCAAAUUUCAUAUCCUGUCUUUACUUCUAUAAUGACCGAUUUCUAUUCGAUUUCGGUUUUGGAAGUAGUAUUACGAAACAAGGAUUCGAAAACGACACUCCAUUCUGUUUUUAAAUAUUCGUGCCCUGAAAGUAUUUUAAUCUGAAAUUUCACGUAGCUGAAGUUUGCAAUGUUUAUAAACGAAAAUAAAUUUUGGUUUAUUUUAUAUAUAAUUUUCAAAAUCCCUAGGCGUGUAAAACUUAGUCAACCAUAAAGAAUUAUUCGGAUUAAACUAAUUUUUGUUUUACCUGUCACAAGGUGCAAAUAAUCACCAAAAGAAAUUUCGGAAAUUUUAUCAUUUCGUUUAUAAACGUUGCAAACUUCAGGCACAUGAAAUUUCCAGGUUCUAUAAAAGACACGCAGUUUUGACAAUUACAAACAAAUGUAUCUUAGACGUUGAACCCGCUAGCGCUAUACUUUUUAAUUAAAUUUAAAACUCCAUAACGAAGAAUCUUACCGAAAAUUUAGUACAAAAGCUACGCGGUUUCGAUUCGUGGCUAACUUAGUCCUUAGACUUAGGUCCAUGAAUAAUGACCUCCAUGUUUUUUACAUUUCUUCUUUUUUACAUGUCUUUUCAGGUAGGAAAAUCGAAGACUUUCUCGUAGAAAAGGUCUGUUAACCGUACAUAGUAAUAUUAAAUCAGUUUUAGUAGGCCUGCAGAUAACGGUGAAGGCAUUUAUCAAUGUUGUGCCUAUGUUGUAUUGUUAUAAAAAUAACGCUUGAAGCGAAAAA